GAGACGAAGAGGCGGCGGCGGCCGGAGCGCCCUCGGGCUCUGUUGGCUCGGCAGGCUCAGGUACACUUGGCGACGACGGGGCUGCCGCUGCAGAGGCUGGCGGGGCAAGCGCGGGCCGCGGAACGGGCCUCAGGGGUGAAUCGUUUGAUGUAAAAGGCUUGAAUUCAUAAUCUACAUCUGCCCUAAUGCUGUCAUCUGGAGUAGAGACUCAGCCAGUUCCACUUGAUUCCUCCAUGUCUGCCGUGGUACAGGAAUUAUACUCUGAACUCCCAGUAAGCGUCUCCAAAGAGCUUCAUGCUGACCCUGAGCCAAGUGUGAUUCCAGAUGUAAAACCUGGAGCCUCAAGCUCUCUUUUAAGUCAGAGUAGGACAUUGCCCUUGGAGCUGCAGAGGACUCAUGCGGAGAGUUGUUGUGAAGAAAACUGUGAGACCUUGGAUCAUGGGAGUGAGCCUGGGCGAUAUGGGCUAGUGGACUCCACAGCAGGAGGUUCUGUGGCUUCUGGGAUCUUGGAUAGGGCAAACAGAAGCAAGAGCAUGGAGCCAAAGGUCUUCAAAGAUCAAGGGGGGCAGGCGGAAAUUAUAAAAGAACCCUCUGAGGGAACAAAGGAAGAUCCACAUCAACAUUCCACAGCUACUGAAGAAAAGAUUAGCCCAAGUCAGGAGGAUAUCCUGAUGCAGUCCAGCAAAGAACUUUCACAUGUGGACCUCCCUGAAGAUUUUCUAAGGAGCAAAGAAGGAGAUGUACAGAUUACAGCUGAAGCUCUGCUAAAAUCUACCGAAGUACAAGGUAUGAAGACCAGUGGGACUAAGAUGGAUAAUAAUGAAGGACAGAAAAAUGGCAAUGUGAUCUCUCAGCUGGAUGAUCUCUCAGCUGGAUGCAGAGAAUUCCCAGAGGUAGACAAAAUCAUCACCAGUGAUGAGGUUUCAGAAACCAGCACAUUAGUUACCCUAGAACCUUUAACUUUUGUGGACCCUGGAUUAACAGAAGCAACUCCUAAAGUAGAAGAAUGUGAAGAAUUAAAAAGUUGUCCUUGGUUGUCAUUACCAGGAAACAGUGCCAUUUCUAGUGUGGACAAUAGGGAGAAAGAGUUGUAUAAACUAAACCUUGUCUGUGAGGCAGAUGACAAUCACCAACAAAUUCAUGGCCACUGUAAUGAACAACCCAGUUCUGCAUGUGAUAGUCCCACAGCGACAAGCCCCUUGAAAGAAAACUGUCAAGUUUCAUGUUUCACAUCAGACUUGUCUGGUCAAGAAUCCAGAACAGUAUCCUUAGAAAACUGUGGUUUUGAAGGUGAUGGUUUGCUAAAGAGAUCUGCUGAAAAGACAGACUAUUCUUAUUUUUAUGGGGGAGAUGAUCAAAGGAAUAACUUGCCUUCUAGAGAAAAAGAACAGCUUUUGAUUCCCAGGAGUGAAAGAGGUGGACCUUUUUUUAUUAAUGCCAGGCAACCAGAAAAGGAGAUUAGUGGACCAUCUGGUGAAAAAGAACUUGUUGUUUCCUCAAAAGAAAAUAUCCACAAUAACUGUUGCAUUCAAGACAGUCUCCAUACAAGGAGCUCUGGUUCUUUAAUGCCCAAUUCUUUUACUGAAGCCACAGGAGUAAUGUUAAAUAAGAAUGAUUUGAAAAUUACUUUAGAUGUUCAAGGUAACUUAACAUACCCUGAGGACCAUAAAGAAACUUUUACUAAUAUGAGCCAUCUAGGUAGAUACUCUGAAGAAAGCAGUUUUUCCUCCUUGAUGCAGGUUGAAGAGUCAGAACAGACAACCCCUACAGAGCCCAGUUUAUUAAGUAAAUCUUUUUACACUAAAAACGGUAAGUCCUUAGUCACCAUCCAGAGAAAUCUGGAAAGCAACACCCAGUUAAAUGAAGCAUCAUGUAAUGAUUUUCUGUUUGAAAGAAAAUCCAUUGUGAGUUUAAUGCCAGAGGGUCAGAUAAGUCCUAUAAGUGAGGUGUUAAAACCCAAGAAAGGUACUGCUCUGUUACCACCAUCCCCAGAAUUUGAUUACAGACCUGAGUCAGAAAAAGUUAUACAGACCUCACAUGAUGAUAUUCCACUUUUAGAUGAACAGAGCAUAGCCUGUGAGAUGAAUGAACUUUCUUGUACCAAUGAACUGGUUAUAAACAAAGUAGAAAGUGAAUGUGUUUUAAAUCAACAAGUGUCCCUUAAUUCUCAAGACCAUGCAAAGUUGCCAACUGACUCUGUAAUGCAUUUAAACAAAGAGAUGCCUUUAAAAAUAGGCAAAGAUGCCCAACAGAGCCAUCAUCCUCCAUUAGAGUGUGGAGCAGAUGUCACUGCUGAUAUACAAACCAUUCCUGUUCAGACAAAAAUGAAAGACAUCUCUUCACCAGGUAAUAAAACCUGUGGUGCCUCUUCAAACAGUCCCACCUUAAACAUCAAACCAGUAAGCCUAGAGAGAAAAAAAGAAAUGGCUGAUUCAGGAACAAAAGCUCUACAUUCCAGGCUUCUUUCAAAUAAGAGAGAAGCAGCUGGCUUUCCUCAAGUGGUCUCUGUCAUAGAAUGUCACAAUGUUCCAUCUCAGGAUAUCUCUAGCUGUCAUUGUAUAAGAAAACAUGUAUCUGAAGAAAACAUGUGUUCAGCUUGUGCUGCUUUCAAGUCCAGCAAAAUCAACCUGCAAGUUGAUAACUCUUUGAUAACAAAAUGUAAAAAUGCAUUUCAGCACAGUCAUCACUACUGCCAAGGAGCAGGAGACUCUGUGGAAAAAAGCAGCUGUAAAGUGAGUUAUACAUCAGAGGAAAGGGAACUUGAUGGGAAAGAAACUAAUGGCAGCCUUCCGGGAGAUAAGAUCAAAAACAAAAUGACAGCAGACUUGUUAAAUAGUGGAAUUUCAAACAAAACCAUUCACACCUUGAGUAAUAUCAAAUCUAGUGAGGAAGGGCUGGAAGGAAAGGGGCAGGAUAUAUCCAAAGAAACUGUAUUUUGUAAGUAUAACAUCUCUGAUCAUGCUAUACAAGAACUAAAGCAGACUGUAAACAUUCCAAGUCCUGAAAAAAUGUUGGACCAGUCUCCUCCUGUUAUGUUCUCCAGUUUUAAAGACAUAAAAGCAGUUGAAACGCUCAAUCAGGUUGAUCAUAAGGCAGAUGAAGUCCUUGACUCUCAGAGUAACCAAAACAGACCAGAUGAAUGCAGAAGUGAAGGUCAGUCAGCUAAGGAGACACUAGGUAGUGACCAGAGAGAGACUGUCACCAAGCUUCAGGGAGAGGUAAGCCACAACCAAAAAGAUCUGCUGGUCAGCUCAGGCAGUGAUAACUCACUACCUUGUGGUAGUCCAAAAAAAGGCAAUUUGAAAGCAGACUUUGUCAAGAUUUCUGGUUGUGAUGAGUCCACAGAAGGUAUGGUAAAUAUCGUCUACACAGACUGUAGUAAUAAGCCUACAGAAGGUGUGCUGGACGUUAAAGCGUCUAAUCCACUGGAUUGUGCAAGGCAAGAGAGAUUGGCAUUCCAAGAGGACUCAAGGAGUACCUUGUUUCAAAGAGAACUGGAUGCUGCCCAUAUAGGAACAAUUGGCCAGGACUCCGAUUUCUCAGAUGCUGCUGCUUCUAUAGUGGGCUUUCUUGAACUAAAAAAAUCGUAUGAAGAAAAUGUAUGCAGAUCUUUAAAAGACUGUGAAAUGGAAAAGUGUCCAGACUCUUGUCCCCAUGAGAUGGAGUCUAUUGCAGAUCAUGAACUAAAUGUAAGAAUAUUGGAUGGAGUAAAUGUGUCUUUAAAUCAUGUCCAUUAUGCACAGCAAGAUAAUGAAAUAACUCUCAGAGAAACACAAGAAAUGACUGAAGGAUCAAGACUAGAAAUAAGCUCUGAGUUUGGCAAAGAAAGUACCUUUGGAAUUUCCUCAAAAGAGUUAAUGUCUUGCCAUGAUGAGAGCUCCGGUUCCCUAGGAAUCCUGAAAUCCAUUGAAAUAAUGCCUUCUCAAGAAAAUUCAGAAACUAAUAAUAACAGUGAAGAAACUGACCUGAAAAAUCUUUUUAAACCAAAAGAUGCUAAAAUUCUUUGUGAAAAUGUAAAGGACCGCACAGUCCUUCCUGAGAUGAAGGAAGGAGUAUCAAGAGAUAGGAGUAAUUCUAGUGACGGAGACAGCAUAUGUACCUUUGUGGAAAAGAAUGCUUGCAAAGCUUGUCACUUUCACGGGAAUUCCUCUGACAGUUAUUUGCCUUUAACAGUGAAAACAGAAACUAAAGUGAAAGGAGAAGAAACUCAAGAGCAUCAGAGGGGACCACCAGGUGACUUGACUGUUGGGGAGCAACCUGAGGAGAUGGUUACCAGAGAAGUUGGCGGUGGCGAUCAUGUGAACAACAUCUCUCAGACCCACAUUAAAUGCGAAAAGAUGCUUAGUCACAGUGAAAAACAGCAGAGCCCUGAGGUUUUGGACUACAGGUUGCAGAAAGAAGAGGAAUAUAUACAUCAAAAGGAAGCACAUAUGAUAUCGGAACAAUGCAUAUCAUCCAGUCUGUUGUUAGAUGAUGCACAAAAUAAGAACCAACCUAAGGUUGACAAAGGUGAGUCCACCAUGAUGAAUGAAGUCACGCUAGCACAGCUGGCCAAGAACAGCAUUGUAGCACAGACUCAGAAGUUAGAAGACCAGAAGGAAGGAAGCUUACAUCAUCCAUUUAAGAAGGACAUUGAGGCAUGCACAGGUUCUUGCCAUCUUGGUGCCCCUCAGAAAGCACAAGAUCCCUCCUCUGCUGGGUGUGAUCAAAUACCUGGUGCCUUUGCAAAGAAAGAAAUGCUUCCUUUAAAGAAGCAGCCCCAUCGAACUUGUAAGAAAGUUUCCAGUCAGGAGCAAAACAGUGUGGGGAGAAAAAUAGGUAAAAUCAGAAGUUCUGCCUUUUUAAAGAGUUCCUCCAAUCCCACCCCAACAAAAGCACACAGACUUCUCAGUCUGUGUACUGUGUCUGCACCUACACGAUUAGAACCUGUAACAGCACCUGCCAAGAGCUUGAUUAGCCACAUACCAAAGCAGACAACUAUACCAUGCCAUCCCUUGAGGAGCCCGAAUUUUAGGAAGCCUACCAAAGAAUCAGCCUUACUAGACAAGCUGUCCAUCCUUGCCUCCAAACUGGCCCCAGCCAUGAAGACUCAGAAACUAAGAUACCAACGGUGUUCCUCUGAACUUCUUCCAAUGGCUAAAAGCUAUAAGCGCCUCAGAUACAAAAGGCUCCUGGACGGAUUUUCAUACAACACAGCACAGCUGAAUCCAUAUUUGGCAGCCAGUGGAUGGGAUAAGAGGCCUAACAGUAAACCCAUGGCACUUUAUUCUCUCGAAUCCAUCAAGAUGAGCUUCAUAGAUUUGAGCAAGAUGCCGUCACUGCUAUUUGGUUCUGAAAUCUUCCCAGUAUCCUUUCAUGUGAAAUCGUCCAGCUCAGAUUGCACGACUGAGUCCUCAAGGACUUUUCCUGAGCACUGUGCUCCAGCAAGGUUUGCCUUAGGAGAGGCCCUCCAGUGCCCGUCUCAACCUCCCAAGUGGACCUUUUCUUUCUUCUUGUCCCACAGUUGCCCUGGGAUGGCCACAUUCAGGGAAGACACUGGCAUCCAUAGUCAGACCCACACUCAGGCUCCUCUUCAGCCUCCACCUUCUCUCCAAGACUAUGGAGGCACUGCCAUAGUCCAGACCAGAGCCAACUGCUCUGUCCUUGGCCUUCACACACUUCUAGCACUUUGUUCCCCGGGAUGUUACCGAAUCUGGACAAAAAAACGGAACUUCUCCAGCCACAUGCCUACCAUGCAGAGGCUCUUCAUGACCCAGUUUGCACAGGGCUUGAAAGGGUUGCGGUCUCCAUCCUCCAUAGCAAACAAGGUCUUCUGUUCUCUGCCCUACUCGGUGGGCAGAGUGCUGUCCAUUUGGAGCCACCAUGGGCCUUCUGCAUGCUCCUUCGAAAUCUCUUCUCUUCAUUCCACUCACAGCAAGCGGCAAUCAAGUCUGGGCACCACAAGCAGCCACACCAUGUUACCAUAUGUGCCUCUUCCAGGCAUGGAAGCUACAUAUAACACCAGCGGCAGUCAGACGAGGUUGGAGCCUCCAUUCCCUGCCUUGGUACCAAAGUCUUGCUUGGUAGCAGAAUCAGCUGUCAGCAAGCUCCUGCUUUCAGCCUCUGAGUUCCAAGUUCCUGGGUUGGAUGAGCUGGAUGGUGUGACGGCAACAUGCCCCUGCCCACAGAGCAGCCCUCCGGAACAGAAAGAGGCUGAGCCAGAGAAGAGGCCAAAGAAAGUCUCACAGAUUCGCAUCCGGAAAGCUAUUCCUAGGCCAGAUCCGAAUCUUACCCCCAUGGGCCUUCCUCGACCCAAAAGGUUAAAGAAGAAAGAGUUUAGUUUAGAAGAGAUAUAUACCAACAAGAAUUAUAAAUCUCCUCCUGCAAACAGGUGUUUAGAGACCAUCUUUGAGGAACCCAAGGAACGAAAUGGUACGCUAAUCUCAAUCAGCCAACAGAAGAGGAAGCGAGUUCUAGAAUUUCAGGAUUUUACAGUCCCACGAAAGAGGAGAGCUCGAGGUAAAGUCAAGGUGGCAGGCAGCUUUACGAGGGCCCAGAAGGCAGCUGUGCAGAGUCAAGAGCUGGAUGCUCUUUUGAUACAGAAACUAAUGGAACUGGAGACCUUCUUUGCCAAGGAAGAGGAGCAGGAACCAUCAUCAGGUUGUUGAGAGGCAAUUCAGUUUCGAGGUCUCAAUUAUAGUUGUUUUUUUUUUUUUUUUUUUUUUUUAAUCGGAGGGGGGGGAGGGCCUCCUUGAAAGAGGUUGCCUAAUUUUGCCCUACCGCCAAACCACUCAGAAAUGCACGGUCCGUGAAUUUUUACCUAUUUCAAGGUGCAGCCUUUUUAGAAACUGGUGAAGGAGGGUCCUCUACUUUUACUGCUGAGUAUAGAACCUCAGGAAUGCUCCCUUUCUCCUGGAAAUGGACCUGAACGACAUCCAGCCUCUUCCUCUCAGUCUCUGCCAUCCACAGGAGGAAGCAGCAGCCUAUCUUCAGUAACACUAGGAUUCCAAGGACUCACAGGAUUUGCACGUCCAUAUGAAAGUUCCACUUUGUUUACGGUGGUGCUAGACCAAGAUUAUUAGAAAUGUGGCCUAGGGAGGGGGGACCUGGCGUCCUGUCCUGCGUGGUCUAACUGGCUCAUUUCAGUAGUUGAGGAAAGAUGA